AUCUCAUUUAUACCGAUAGACACGUACUGUUGGAUUCACACGACGUUUAGUAUAGAAAAUGCAUGGAAGAAGAGAGUGGGCGAUGAAGUGCCGUAUCCCGGGGUCGACAAGACUACCCCUAACGAGAAGAGAGUAUAUCACGCGUACUACCAAUGGGUGUGUUUUGUGCUCUUCUUUCAGGCGCUGCUCUUCUAUAUUCCUCGAUAUUUCUGGAAAGCGAUGGAAGGCGGAAGACUCAAGAACCUCAUCCUUGGCCUCAACUCUCCGGUCUGUAAUGAAGAGACCCGUAAUAAUAAUAGAGCGCUUUUAGUUGAAUAUCUUUAUAAAAACAUUAAUAAUCACAACACAUUGUUUAUAAUGUAUACCAUUUCUGAAGUGCUAAAUCUUCUCAAUGUUAUCCUCCAAAUGAUUAUUAUGGACCGCUUCUUAGGCGGAGAGUUCACUAACUAUGGCUGGGAUGUCAUCAACUUCUCAGAGUGGGACUGGUCUGUCAGAUACGACCCAAUGAUUAAAGUGUUUCCACGUCUAACCAAAUGUACUUUCCAUCGAUAC